CCAGUUCGUUAGUCUAGGGUUUUUGUCACAGGUAAGUAGCUUAUUGGGGAUUUACUGCGAGUUAACUGAUGGCACCACCUGCUAAAGCUACAUCCAAGAAGCCUGACGCGAAGGCGCAGGCCGUGAAGGUUGCUAAAGCAGUGAAGUCAGGGUCUUCAUCGAUUAAGAAGAAGACAAAGAAGAUCCGAACUUCUGUAACUUUUCACCGACCUAAAACAUUGAGAAAGCCGGGGCAGCCAAAGUACCCCCGAAUUAGUGCUACUCCUAGAAACAAGCUAGACCAUUACCAAAUCCUUAAGUAUCCACUAACAACUGAAUCUGCCAUGAAGAAGAUUGAAGAGAAUAACACUCUUGUCUUCAUUGUUGACAUUAGAGCUGACAAGAAGAAGAUUAAAGCAGCUGUAAAAAAAAUGUAUGACAUUCAGACUAAGAAAAUUAACACACUAAUCAGACCUGAUGGCACAAAAGCUUAUGUGAGACUGACUCCUGAUUAUGAUGCCCUCGAUGUUGCAAACAAAAUUGGUAUCAUCUAAAUGUGUAUGAAGUAUUUGCUGUUUUAUUGUUUAGCUGCUUUCUGUUAUUUUUGGAAGUUGAACAAAUUCAUUUAUUUUUCUUGUUAACAUUAAGAAAAUGGCUGAUGCCAGAGCUGAUUAUUUUUUUUGCCCGUUUGAAAUUCCUUGAAUUCUAUAGUCAAAUUAGUGUUUCAUUAAUGAUAAAUCAUCUUCUAUUUUC